AUGAGGAAAGACGUGGAGUGUACCUUUGGCAUCAUGAAAGGGCGCUUCCGCAUCCUCAAAACAGGAAUUCCCCUACAUGGAAUAGAAGUUUGCGACAGAAUAUGGCUGACUUGCUGCGCCCUCCACAACUUUUUAUUGGCGGAGGAUGGUCUGGAUGAAGGAUGGAAUGCAUCCCGCUAUCUUGGAGGAGAAGAUGGGGAUCAUGACCGUGAUGACAUCUGCGACCUUUUUGGAACUGCAUUGCCACAAAUCCCACCUCGUGUAGUUGAGGACAUGCUAACUCACGAUUCUUCUGGCAUGGGAGUGGACAUUGAUCGUACAAACAAAGAGAGUGAUGACAGCGAUGACAAUGACGAGGAUAAUGAUGACGAUAAUGGAGAUGCCAUGGAUUUCAUGGCUAUUGAUGACGAAACAGUAGCUGUUCCAGCGGCUAUCCCGGUGUGCACCCUUUCUUUGAAGAGCUUCAGAAGGAAGCUGAUUCAACAUUUUGAUAUACUUUGGCAUCGCCAUGAAAUAUAUUGGCCAUCCAGGACUGGAGACAAGCCACCACCGCCAAUCAAUAAACCAAAUGAAAGAUACAUUGGGUAG